CUGGAAAAAAGACUUUCCGCGCAAAAAUGAAAGCGGCCGUAACACGUUCCGCAUGAAGCCGAGCGAAGCGAGGGCGAUGUCUGUUGAUAUUCGCAUAAGAACAACAGAGCGAGAUGUAUGCUGCAGAGCAUUAUUAGAGUUGCUGUGGCUGUACGAGCCGUCGGAAUCAACCGGCUCCGAACCCGUUACUUACCGUACCCGCAGUUUUCUUUUCUUUACCGUUUACCACCAUGUCGACAUACUAGGUAUAAACGAGUUGCUCAUUUUUCGUUCUCUCCCGUGCUCAAAUCUCAACAAGCAUCGUCGAAAACCGGCGACGUACUCUGGCCUGGUCCAUCGAAUCCGAGUGCCGAAUGUGAAGAAAAUCAGUGUAUCAUACAUCUCAACAUCGUCAGAGCACAUUCUGGACAUGAAAUUGACCAUUUUUGCCCAGUUCACAAGAUCCAAGGGGUUAUUGAUGAUGUCAUAACGCUUUGCAUGCAACAUUUUGAACUCACGAAGGCACCUAAUAUGUCGCGUCCGACUCGGAGACCCAUAGAACAUGAUGCACUGCCACAAAUAUACGGCCAUCGACGGCCAUGUUAUACGGUAUGGCUCAAGGCGCUCACAGCGUCGGUACGUAUACCGUACACGGAAGCCGUAUUUCCAUACAAUACGGUUACGGCGCGCAGCCCUAAUCCGAGGAAGAAACGUCUUCAGGGGCAUAUCAUGAGACAGAAUUUUCGAAAAUGACAAUGGCUCACCAUCCUCAACGCCUGCCGAGAAUUCCAUCCCUUCCUCAACCUAAGCGAUUAUAUUGCUGAGGAGCUCCGCUGCCGGCCCGCUUCAACCAAGUCAGCGUUUGGCCAAGUCAAUGCGCUGAACAAGUACC